ACCGACGAAGAGGACAGAGCAAGGGGGUGGCGUCGGGGAGGAUCCAAAAAGAAAGAAGAAGAGAAACGUUUACAUGCACUGAAGUGGAUGCGGUUUUUCAAGAACUAAAAGGCGACCAAGAUGCACCCACACAUCUGCAGUGUGAUCAUGCAUCAGAACAUAGCCUGAGGUUUCUGCAGCAUGUGGUUUUCCUGCCUGUAAACCUCUACCACAAGGAGGCCUCAAGCAGCCAGCGCUGAUUCACAUACAUACCAAAACGGGUCUGCUUACUAGGGUGCUAGCAUCCACUUCAUUCAAGUACACUUGAUCUGUCUCCUGAGAUCCAAAAGAUUUUCAUCGGGACUUCCCAGGAGGAUCGCUCCGCCUGUGCUGCCUCUGGCACGGGCUCCCGUCUUGGUGGAAACUUUUUCAGUUUUAAAACCAAUCAGAAGGGCUUUUUGACUGGGGAAAAUUUCUUCCGGAUAAGGAAGAAACGUAGAGAUUUUCCACAGAGCUUUGUUGUGUUUGUUGGAGGCUGGAAUUCUGUGAAAGAAGGUCUUCCAGCAGCUCGGACGGAGCUAGGAUUUCCAACCAGCUCAACUGAUUAAGUGAGCCAUUUUUUUUCUUCAAAGAAAAACGGAUUAACAGGCAAGCAUUCUCCUGUCUUUUCUCAUUAUUUUGUUAUCAAUACAGCUAAAGAGAUUUGUCAAAGAACCAGCAAUUAAGAAACCCUGGGUGAGUCAUAGCUUUCUCUUUUAUUCACGGAGCUAAGGGGAAGAAAAUAGAAAUAGUUUAUCUUUAUUUUUAUUGCAAAAAGCUGGCAUGGAAUUCAGCAUUAUAAAGAUUACAAACGGCUGAGGGGUUUCUAAUUUAAAGAGAAAACUUUUUUUGAUUUAUAAGAUUUUUGAGUAAUAUAUGUCUGGGACUAUUUUUCCGGUUUACUUUUUUUUUUUUGACGAGUCUGCUCAUUCUUCCUGCUACUAAUUAUUUGGAUGCUGUGAAUUAAAGUUGUUUUGGCACUUUUGGACAUACAAGAGAUAAGGCAGUUCGUCUUGUCUAGAGGGUGACGUCAGCUGGCUUGAAAGAUUAACUCCUUUGAAACUGGAUAAAGAAAUAAACUGUUCUUUGCUUGGGACAUUGGAAAUUGAAGGGAUUGUGGUUUUUUUGGUUUUAAGAAUGACAAUCAAGAAGGUGGUUGAGAUCAUGGAUGUACAAGAAGGGACUUUCUCUUUAGAUAUGUUUCAGAAAAUAAUGAAUGAGAUUAAGCUAACAAAACAAGAACUCAGACAUAACAGACAAGUGAUAAGUGAAUUUGGCGAAAUGAGACAGGAGCUGAAAGAAAUUCAGGAUUCUAUGAGAAAGGAGAACAAAGAUAAAUUUGGAAAAUUAAAAAAGGAUGAAAGAAAAAUUAAAGGGAAGGUUCAAGCCCUGGAGAUUGGAUUAAAUAUGGUCUUGGGAAAAGAUUUGGAUUUCCUGGCUGUGAUGGAUCCUGGAGACAAAUAUUACUGUUUGGAAUUCAGCGCUGUCCCUGAAGGAAUUGGUGAAGAGAUUGGAGAUAAAGAUAUCAUCGGUUCGAAAAAAUUCAUGGACUGGAAGGAUUUGAUGGAACUUGAAAUGGAGAAAGUUUACAGAAUUAAUUCCUGUUUUGUGACAAUGAAAAACCCUUCAAGAGAUGUGCUAGUGCAUUCUGUAAAAAAGAGGAACAGAGAUGCGGUUCUGCAACAAUACUUCAGUGAUACGUUCGGAAAUGAUGGCAAGAAAAUAUUUGUGAUGAAGGAAAUCCCUAUCAGACUCUUAUUAUAUGACUAUGACAGCAAGAUUAUUGGGUGCGUAAAGAUGGAAGAUGGAAGAUGGAAUCAACACGGAUAAAGGAAGAAGAGCAAUUUGAAAUUACUGGAUUUAAUAGACUUGAAGAGUUGGAUUAAUUGACAUGUCUAUCUAGAAACAAAUUGAUGGACAUAUAUCUCAAGGAUUGGAAACUUCUCUUUGACUUUUUGUAGAAGAAUAAAAUGAUAUGAUGUUAAUGAGAUUUGAUACCAACUAAGAUAACUGCUGGAGGAAGGUGAUUUUAUAAUUUAUCAAGAGACAGGUUUGUUAUAUAUUAUAGACCUAUAGCUGAACUACGACAAAUCGGAAGUCAAUAGUUUUUUUGUUUGUUUGUUUCUUUUUAUUGUAUUAAUUUUAAUUUGUGUUUUUCUUUUUGUAUUGUCUUGAUUUUGAAAAUUUGAAUAAAAAUUAAUUGAAAAAAA